AUGUUGUUUGACGGCUCCAUAGGGCCUAAACGGGUUGUUAGCCUUUCUGGGUCAUCCGGAUUAGGCAAGACCCGUACCUUCCGAAGACAGCAGUUUGGAUUCUUAUCAUUACAACAUGAAAGAGAACGCGCAGCGAAGAUUAUAUUGAAAUUUUUAAGGAGACUUAAACUGGUAAAGUCCAGCCUUCAACAAAUUGGUGAAGAAUUGCCUAAUUUGUUAAACGAAGCAAGAAAUAGUUUGCCUUUUGAUGCAACGGAUGCGGUAACUAGACGCCGAAAAAUACAUAAUGUGCUAGAGAAGCAUAAUCAGAAUGAUGAAGAUAUUCAUCAAUGUCCUAAUUUCGGAGAGAACGAGUUCGAUCCUACAAUAUCGGCUGAUAGGACAUAUCCCAAUGAGGUUACUCGACAUCCUAUUUGUAGAUUGAUGCAAUUGGUAUGCUCAAUCACAAAAUAUGAUAUGGAAAAUGAUUAUUCUACCUAUUUACGUGAAACUCUAACUAUGUUUAAUAGUUGGUAUUACAUUUCCCAAGAUGACCAAAAUGCAGACAAUGUUUUUAUAAAUCCUUCAUUGAGGAUGGAUCUAAUAACAAUUUGUACUGGGUUUCUACGGCUAAUUAUUUUGUUGGAUAAAAAGGCUCGUGAAAAAAAUUCACAAGAUAAUGCCAAUUGUAUGGAUCCAACAUCAUCAACCAUGGAACGAGCGUAUUCGGCUUAUUCUCUUUCUGAUGUUCCGUGUACUAGAAUAUUGCAUCACUCUUCUUAUAACCAAUCCAUUAGAGAGGGUGAUCUAUUAACUAACGAUGCUCAUAAAGGGAAAAUGCCUUCUAUCAGUAAUAACAUUGAUGAUGAGCUUCGUAUAUCCGGUGGGCCGCUCUAUUUAAAUACUGAAUUUUUAUCUCCUUACGAAUUGGAGAUUACAUAUUUCAUGGCAGCGGUGCUCAGAUUGCUACCUACCAACUUACUGAGUACAAUUGAUAAAGAUCAGGUCAUUUCAACAAAAUGGUACCCAAGUAUGAUGAGGCGUGCAUUGCUAUCCUGUGAAGACCAUGUAGAAGGCUUAAGUGCCUUAUUAAUCAUUUCACGUACUCUACGUCGCAUAUGUUAUACAAAAGAUCAGGCAUUUAAAUUAAUACAGAGCGUGUGGUCUGUUCCGAUGAGUAUCGUCUCCCAUGUACCACAUUUGUUACGCAAUGUUAUGCAGUCUACAAUGUAUUAUGAUUUUAUACGUGGGUUUUGUGGUAUCGAUUGCAAACCUCAUGUUGUUGAUGACUGCUGUUUCAUCGGAGGUGUGGAAAUGAAGGAUGGCAGUGUACCACAUAGUAAGCACGUUCGUAUUUUAGAACAUAUGCGGAAUUAUUUAAAGUUGCAUUUGCCUGCGCGAGUAACGUUGAACACUACUACAUGGAAAAAAAUUGACACAAAUUUGCAAGCUCAACUUGAUGCCAUACUAGCCUCUACGGAGUUUCUGGCAAUGAUUCGAUAUAUUAUAUGCUGCGAUACAACAAAGACAAUGAAUGAUUCAUCGGGAGAUAGUGACAUUUAUUCGCGAUCUCAAUACAUGGUGUCUGGUGGGUUACGUCAUGAUGACAGGAGACAGCAAGCACAUGGCGAAUACGCAUUUGAAGUAGUAUUCCGUAAUAUGAUGCUUGUAAUUAGACUUGCGGAGAAAAUAAAUCUUGAUGAUCGCGAUAAAGAAUGGAUUUCUUCUGUUUUAUCUUUGGCACUGCUAUCCUCGCAAUUCGUCAACAAUGAACGACUUAUUCCCGAUAGGCUCAACAGUGAUGACAAGCAAGCCUUGAGUCAUAUAUUCCAAAUAUUUAAUCACAAUACGUCCAUUGCAACUAUUAUAUUAUUGUUGAUGUUUCCUGUAAGGAAUCGGCUGUAUUUCACUGCAAAUAUUGAGAAGCUGCUUUUAUGCCAUGCCUUAUAUGUUACCGAUUGCAUGGAUGACAGCGACAAACAUGAUGAACCCUAUUUGUUACAGGAGAAUAGUGUCAUGGAAUUGUAUAACAAAGGAUUAUUAAAGUGUUUUAAGCAGCGUUUAUUUGAGUAUUGUGUAGCUUCAUAUCGUGAGUUCAUCGUAAAUUUACGUUCUGGAUUUUCUAUAAGCAGCGUCAUUUCAGAUUUGUGGAUAAUAUUUGCCAGGUUGAUUGAAUGUAUUCUAAUUUUUGAAGAAGAAGAUACGUACACAUUUGAUAAGAUAUCUGAAGUGUUGUUUAAUCGUGAUGAAGCGUAUUUAAUAUCCAAUGUACUGAACUCUAUCUACCUUUAUCACAACCAAUGUUUAAAGGUAACCCACAAAAUUGAGUACGAACUGAAUGAUCGUUUCCCCUGCAACAUGUUUUGUUCAUGUGGAGUUGACUUGGAGGUUAAUGAAUUAUUUCACGUCCCGAUAUUAUCCCAGAUAUCUGAUUCGGAUUGGUGGGGAAACAUAGCAAAACGUUUUAGCAUGAGGUAUCUUAGUCAGAAUAACGAAGGUCCUCACCCAUUAGUAAUCCACGAUCUUGAGGGUUCCUUGUUGAAUCUAGUGAAAAAUAACAAGCUUGAUGCACCUCUUCUUAAGAUUUUAAGAUACGUACCGCAAAGCAUAUCGUUCGACAUUAGAUUGAAGAUAUUUAUGGCCUAUGUAGACAACGAUAAGGCGUUAUACAGGGAUAAUGCACCAGAUUUUACAACUAAUCCAUAUCUCAUCAGACGAUCACACAUUGUAGAAGAUGGAAUGCAUACGCUAGGUUGCUUAAAUGCGACUCAACUGAAGCAGCAGUUUCGGGUAAUAUUCAUGGAUGAAACUGGAGUGAGAGAAGAGGGAGUUGAUGGCGGCGGUCUCUUCAAGGAAUUUCUAUCUCAUCUAUGCAGUAUUAUUUUGGACCCGGAAUAUGGUUUAUUUGGAGAAACAUCAUAUGACCAAUCGUUUUUACCGUCACCUAAUUCAGCUAUGUUUCACGGUGACCACCUCUCCAUAUUUAAAUUUGUCGGGAAGGUAAUAGGCAAGGCAGUAUAUGAGCAUAUACUCAUCGAACAAGUACCAUCUAGGAUGCUAGCAAAUAUCAUGAUGAACAUACGCAACAGAUUAUACGAAAUUAAAUUUUACGACCCGGAUUUAUAUCGUCACUUGCUAUCAUUGCGAGAAAUGUCCGCCGAAGAUAUUGAGAGUCUCGGCCUAACUUUUACAACUACAGUAUCAUCCUGUGGAGGUUCAGAACAGCUGGAUAUCAUACCAGGAGGGUCAGAUAUUCAGGUAACUAUUGAAAAUGUUGAUAGAUUCCUUUUUGAAUUUGCCCACUUUAAAUGCAAUACGCUAAUUAAGGAACAAACUACGGCAUUUCUCUCAGGAUUCUGUCAAUUAAUACCUCUUGAUUGGAUUCAGAUGUUCACUCCCCAUGAGCUUGUCCAUGUUAUAUCAGGUGCAGACAAUGCAGUUGAUAUAAAUGAUAUGCGUAAAAACACAACAUAUUCUGGUGGCUACACCUCAUAUUCUAACGUGAUAGUUUGGUUCUGGGAACUUAUGAAUGAUUUUGAUGAAGAGGAAAGGCGCACUUUCCUGUGGUUUGUUACUUCCUGCAGGCGUCCUCCCUUGAUGGGAUUCAAGCAGCUUAACCCGCCAUUCUGCAUCACGCGUGACUUGAUUCAGGAUAACCUUCCUACGGCGGCAACAUGCACCAACUUGUUAAAACUGCCCGAAUAUGACACAAAGUCUCUUCUUAGAUCGAAACUCAUGGAUGCUAUGACCAUGUCAAAAGGCUUUGGUCUAGGGUGAAUGGCAAUCUAGCAUUUCCCCUAUAUAUUUCACGAAAUACAGUAGUGCUAACGAUGCUACAUCACAAACAACUGUAAUCUAAUGCAGCAAUCUUUAUUUACUCUGUAACCGUUUAGAAA